AUGUACCCCAACCAUGGUUUCACUCUUGUCACUCUUUUUUUCUUCCUCGUCGGGCUCUUUGUGAAUGAUUCAUGGGCUCGAGAUGCUCCGUUGAAUACGGAGCCAACCCUCAACGCAAACAAUUUCCGAUUCGAUCUGAGCGGGAGUAUCCGAAAGCAGGAUCAUGCCCUAGCCAGCCGCGCUGUCGACCUUGGCCCCCGUGACUUGUAUUCAGAUUAUGCUACAUAUUCGGCCAAGGGGAACAGACUUAUUUGCCUGACCAAAAUGGAUGAUGCAGCUGCGGCAGCCAAGCUCGAUAGAGAUCCAGCAGCAGAAUAUACGACCGUAGCGGAGAUGGAGGCAGCUGGUUGGGUAUCCUCUACAGACAAGUUGAGCGCCGCAGAGAUCGCAGAUGCCAACACGAAGAUGGAGGGCUACUUGAGCGGAACUUUAAUGAGCAGUAUUGGCGUGGAUUUGAGCAAUAAUGAGCUUGUCGACUGGAGGUGGACGGUUGGUGAAGAUGGGGUGCUCACAGCGGAAGACUUAGAAGAAAACACCGGAGAGACAGCCGCAGCUCAAUAUCAAAAUUGGUAUAAUGUCCAAGGUGGCCUCAUUAUCGUGAACCUCGCAUGGAGUCCGGGUUAUGUCGUGGGUCAAAACUCAGAUCAGGAAUGGUGGCCUGAAGAUGUAACCGACGAUACUGUUACAGCGCUCAAUGUUAAACAGCUAUCGGAUGUGAUGUAUAUUGAAUGGGCGAGCCAAGCGACGGACGUCACAAGUCUCGAAUAUGUCAUUCCCUUGAAUGUUGUAAAUCCGGGAACAAGAAGUGCGAUGACCCUCGCCAUGGCAUCUGUCGCUUCAACUUGGUCGACGCCUGAGGUCUUCUAUCCCGGAUCAGAAGCAUUUGAUGCACUGGUUGGGUCUCCAAAUGGAAACGCACAAGCGUGGAUCCUCAUCAAUCACAAAGCGCAGCUGGGUGUGAAGACCAUCUCCAGUAUUAGGGUAUGGACAAGCAGCACUAUCAAGGCUGGUCAGCCAAAUGUGUUUCCUGACACGGAGGAGUGGGCAGCUGAAGCCGAUAAAAGAAACAUGUGUUAUAUCUACUAUGAUGACCCGGAGGAGGAUGGAAUUUUCGAGUAUGACGGGGACGCUUACUGGGGGGCUAUGUGA